CCUCGCUGCUGGUGAAAUGCUGCGCGCCGUCACGAACUUUGGCGCUAAGCUGUGUCGUCACCGUGAGGGCGGGACUUCCUCUCCGGGACCCUGUCAUUUCCGACGUCUUCCGGAAGUUGCUGGUUCGCUCAGUACCGGGCUAUUCACUCCGCGUUGCCCGGCUUCCUGCUGGUCCACAGUUGACAACUCUGGGGCACCGGCACCGCGCCACCCACAAAGAGCACGUCGGGAAUCCCGACGCCCUCUCGUCUGGUGUGUCGCCCGCCUUGUUUCCCCGCCGAGCUUUCCUGCUGCGCACAGGGCCGAGUGCCACCCAUGGCGGGGGCCGCUCGGACGCCGGCCUUUGGACAGGCUGUGAUCGGCCCGCCGGGCUCGGGAAAGACCACAUACUGCCUGGGCAUGAGCGAGUUCCUGCGCGCGAUGGGCCGGCGCGUGGCGGUAGUGAACUUGGACCCGGCCAACGAGGGGCUGCCGUACGAGUGCGCCGUGGACGUGAGCGAGCUGGUGGGUUUGAGCGACGUGAUGGACGCCUUGCGGCUGGGGCCCAACGGCGGCCUGCUGUACUGCAUGGAGUACCUGGAGGCCAAUCUGGACUGGCUGCGCUCCAAGCUUGACCCCCUCCGCGGCCAUUACUUCCUCUUCGACUGCCCAGGCCAAGUGGAGCUCUGCACGCACCAUGGCUCCUUGCGCAGCAUCUUCUCCCAGAUGGCCCAGUGGGACCUCAGGCUGACUGCUGUCCAUCUGGUAGAUUCUCACUACUGCACAGACCCCGCCAAGUUCAUUUCAGUACUGUGUACCUCCCUGGCCACCAUGCUGCACGUAGAGCUGCCCCACGUCAACCUCCUCUCCAAGAUGGACCUCAUUGAGCACUAUGGAAAGCUGGCCUUCAACCUGGACUACUACACAGAGGUCCUGGACCUCUCCUACUUGCUUGACCACCUGGCUUCUGACCCUUUCUUCCGCCACUAUCGUCAGCUCAAUGAGAAAUUGGUGCAGCUCAUUGAAGACUACAGCCUGGUCUCCUUCAUUCCUCUCAACAUCCAGGACAAGGAGAGUGUCCAGCGAGUCCUGCAAGCUGUGGAUAAAGCCAAUGGCUACUGCUUCGGGGUCCAAGAGCAGCGAAGCCUGGAGGCCAUGAUGUCUGCUGCAAUGGGAGCUGACUUCCAUUUCUCCUCCACCCUGGGAAUCCAGGAGAAGUACCUGGCACCCUCAGACCAGUCAGUGGAACAAGAAGCCAUGGAUCUGUAACAACAGGCUGGGCUCCGGAGAACAAGACAUAACCCAGCACUGGAGAAAGCUGUAGCCCCAGCUCAGCAGGCUGCAGACCCAAGAACAGUCCUCCCAGCCAGAGCUGGAAGGCUGAUGAAGAGAGAUCCACCCUUGCAAAGGACUCCUGGCCAAAAGUCAGACGUGCUGCAAGCAGAGCACCCACCACACCCUCGGUGCUCAUGAGCUCUGGGCACUGCCACCAGGAAUUCAGCACUGGCCCUACUCGAACUAUUGUGGAAUGUGAAUACAAGAGUUUAUUUUCUCCUACAUGUUGUGACUUUCACACUUUCUUCAACCUUCCAGGGAGCUGGGGUAGAAUGAGUGAAUGUCACCUUCCCUCAGAAGAGUUCUAUUUCUUCAUCUAAGGCAGUAUUUCCCCAAAGAACAGGAUAAUACCAGAGGUUUAACACUUAUUCUCCAAUGAUGCACUUAGGUUAAUCUCCAGUUUUAACUGAUUCUGAAGCUUGAGGUUUACAGGGGAUACUUCUUAGCUAGAUCUCAGUGUUUCAUUUUCAUUAUUCAUUUUGCAGUUUUAUUCUAUUUUUGGCAAGUGCUAGCUAGUUUCCAUUUAUAGUAGUGAUUAAAAGUUUACUUUAAAAUUAAAUUAUUUAUACAAAAUGCAUUGUUUAAAGAAAAAUAUUAAGUAUAUAAUAUGGCAUGAGGGGCAUGGCAAAAAUUAAGGUGGUUUAAAGUUGGAAAUACUGGUGAUUGCUUUCUUUGCUCUUCUUGUAACUGGUUGGGUGCAAUUUAUAUUGGAAACCAAUAGGUGGCACCCCAGGUCUAGUUUUGCAGUUGUAGCUUGCAGCACAAGAGGGACAGAUGGCGGUUGUACCGGAAAUCUUAUUUGCAGAUACUUGGUCCUGUUAA